CGCUCACUGCUGUCACCGCACCGCAACACGGCCCAGCCCAGCACCGACUGUUGUUCAUCUGUCAAGGUAACAUAAAUGUUUGCCCUUUAUAUAGUCAUUUCACUGUUUGAGAAUUGUGUCUCGUCUUGCAAGUAUUGACAAAGGCAAUAUGAGUGUCUCUGUGUUGUUGACUUGUCCCUAGCUAGCUAACGUUAGAUAACAGCCUUUGCAUCGAUUAGCAUAGCCCAUGUAUUAGCUAGCUAGCUAAUUUAGCUAGUAAGCUAGCUAAGCUAGCUAAGCUUGGUGAUGGUGGACGGUUUUGACUGAUCUCUUCUUAAAAUGUGAUUUAAACCUAACCUUAUGCCUAACCUUAAAUUAAGACUAAAAAUAUUUUUUUUGUUUUCAUGAAUUUUUACGAUAUUUGUGGCUGUGGUAACUAGUGGAAACAGUUCUGACUAGGUGGAAUACAGCUCCGACCGGAAGUGACUUUUUCUUAGUAGGUUAGGAGAAUUUAUGCAGCAGGUUAGGAGAAUUAGCGUAGCAGGUUAGGAGAAGAAGGUUAAGGUUAGGAAAAGGGUUUGUGUUUGGGUUAACUAAAAUGGUCUCAAUACUCACAGAAAUAAUCCGAUAUUGAUUGUUAGUCAGGAAGUCAACUACUAGUUAACUAUAAACAACAUGAACUGCUGAAUAAGUUAUUUGCUAGCAAACUGACUAAUCUUUAGUCAUUGUCAAAGAUUAUUCUAUCUAUUGUUGUACAUAACAUGGAAAUGUCUGCCUUAUCCUGCGUCAUAGAAAAAUAGCUAGCUAUAACAGCCUUAAAAAAAAAAUAUGAUACCAUUGUAACUAGUUGAUGCUCAUCAUUUUGUAUAACCAGCAGUGUAUGUGUUAUGGAUAUUAGGGCCUUAAUUAUGGUGUUUUUCUUUAUUGUUUCGACCAGAUUUCUAUGAUCCGGUUAAAAAUAAAUCAAGAAGAAAAGGACUACAACGGUGAAGGUCAACUGCUCCAUCAGGCAGUGUCCAACAAUGAUGACAGACUCCUUGAUGAGCUGCUCUCUCAAGAAAAGUACAGAAAGUUCAUCAACUGUAGGAGCGGCUGGGGUAUCCCAAGAACACCUUUACGAAUGGCUGCAUCUAAAGGUCAUCUCAGGUGUCUGCAGGUUCUGCUGGCCCACGGAGCGGAGGUGGACUGUCUAGACGUGAAGGCUCAGACCCCACUUUUCACAGCUGUCUGUGGGAAAUACUUCAACUGUGUUUUAGCCCUCCUCAGGGCAGGUGCUAACCCCAAUGGCAGCUUGUAUAACAACUGCACUCCGGUCCUGACUGCAGCCAGGGAAGGGGAUGUUGAGAUUUUGAAGCAACUUCUUAAACAUGGUGCUGAGGUCAACUCCAGAUCCAAAGUCUUGCUGUAUACUUCAAGUGCCAGUGUUUCUAGUGGCCCUCUCUAUCUGUCUGCUGUGUAUGGACACUUAGACUGCUUUAAAGUAUUGCUUCUCUACGGGGCUGAUCCAAAUUACAACUGCACAGAUGCAAAACUUCUUAGUAAAAUCAAGCAGCCUAAGACCGUGCUUGAAAUGUGCCUCAGACAUGGCUGUGGGGUGGAGUACAUCCAACUUUUGAUUGACUUUGGUGCAAAUGUCUACCUCCCCACUCUCAUCAUAGAAAAGUCCACGAAGCAGAAUGAGGCUGUGGAGCUGCUGCUGCAAGAAAGAGGUAAUGCAGGAGUUAUGCUGUUUAUAAACCUUGGUAUUCUCCUAUUGAUUUCUGGUAAUGUUUUUAUUGACAUUAGACAAGCAUCUCAGAUUGUUUUUUAGGUUGAAUUGCUACUUGACAAUACAAUACAGUACUGUACUGCUUUGCUGACAGAGCAGCAUUUGACUAUUUGAAUAGACUAUUGAAUCUGUGUAUGUGUAAUAACCAGGUAUUUUUUUAAAAACUUGAACUCAAAUUCAAUUGUUAUUUUUGCUAGGUUUUCCCAAGUCCCUUUUAUCACAGUGCCGACUUGCCAUCCGAGGAUACCUCCGGAAGAUCAACAGAAUCCAGUCCAUUGACCAUUUGGAAAUGCCAUCAAGCAUGAUAAACUUCUUGCAAUACAAAUCAGUCCCAACAACUGCUAUGCAUCUCUGAAAGCAUAUAUUGUCCCUAUGCUUUUGCUACAUGAAACAUAAUGCUUACUUUUUGCAAAACAUUUCAUAGUGAUGUUGAAAUAGUACAAAUGUUUUGUCCUGCAUUUGAGAAUAUUUGUGUAAUAUAUUUAUUCUCAAUUAAUGUUUUUUCAAUCAAUUAUGCAAUCAUGUUUUUUAUUUUCUUAUUUUCUCCCUCUUCCAUAAAAAAUCUGUCUGGAAUUUUUGUUAUACUGCAAUGUCAGCAUAAAAUAGAAUGUGCAGUAGAAAUUACAACCAUUAAAAUGUCUUGAAC